AUGCCCGCCCACCCCCGAUACCCUCCGUCUCAGAUCGUCCUCCUGGUAUACCCAGUGACCUUGUUGCUGGGAUCAAUCUUCUCAAUCAUCUCCCCGACUGCGCGCGCAUCUAGGGGGCAUACGACCGCAUCCUCUCCGUCCGGACCUCUGGCACCCUCCCUCGCUGCCGACCUGUACAUCUCCGAAAGCCCGGUCAACUACUUCGCCCGGAAGAACAACAUCUUCAAUGUAUACUUUGUGAAAAUUGGGUGGCUGUGGACAACUCUAGCCUUCUUCUCGCUCCUCCUUUGCCAACCAGCCUAUCGAUCUUUGUCCUCCCAAACCCAACAGCAAACACGCCCCCGACGCAUCCUCCAAGCCUCCCUCCGUUAUGUACUUGCGACCUCAAUAUGGUACUUGAUGACACAGUGGUUCUUUGGCCCGGCUAUUAUCGACCGCAGCUUCGUUAUUACGGGUGGAAAAUGUGAACAGAUAUUGAACGAAGUUGGCAAGAUAGGCUCGGAGGAGAGCCCAGCCGCCCAGUUGGAAACUAUGUUUACUGCUGUCGCUUGCAAGGCUGCUGGUGGGUCUUGGAAAGGUGGACAUGAUAUCAGCGGACAUGUAUUUAUGCUGGUGCUCGCAACUGCGCUUCUGUCUUUCGAGGCCAUCGGCGUCGGGGCUUUCACUGCACCAUCUGUGAACUCGCAAGCUAACGGCGAGACAACCCGCCACCGCAAGCCGAGUGAUCCCGCAAGCUCCUCGACCAGUGAACAAUUGGAUAUACCUGGGACGAUGAGAAGCUGGUCGCUGCGCCUAGUCUGGGGUGUCGUCGGACUUGGCUGGUGGAUGCUUUUCAUGACGGCUAUUUGGUUUCAUACGUGGCUAGAGAAGUGGACUGGGUUGUCAGUGGCACUAGGAGCCAUAUAUUUUGUCUACAUUCUCCCGAGAACAUUAGCGCCUUGGAGAGAGGUUAUUGGCAUUCCGGGAGUAUGA